AAGAUCGCAAAACAUAACUCAUCACCAAGUGUAUAAUUGACGUAAAGACAUUAUUUGCGAAUAUCAAAUGUUAUCGGUUAAUUUUAACGUAUUUCGAUCAAUAUAAUUGUCGGUGAAUUUUCUACUGCGUGACAAUUCUUCCCAGUUUCGUCAUUGAGCCUUAAACCGAUGAGUUUCGUAAUAUUGCGCUGUUGACAGUAAUCGAAUAAAUGAAAUGCUGAAUUCCGAGGAAGAAGAGCAAACAUCGAAGAGUCAACUUUUCGUCAUUAAGCUCGGUGAAUUAUUGGAUGCUGGACUAAUAGACGAAGCUGAAAACCUUUUUGAGCAAGUUGAUGCUCAAGGCGACUUGGCCGAAAGUUUGUGGGAAAUAGUUCCUGCGCUUGCAAGCCGCCUGGCUUUGAUCAAUGGAAUUAAUAAUCGUGAAGCAACCGCAACAUGCGAAAAGUUUUUGGAAGUUCUAUCUACAAAGUGCAAUCCAAAAGAAACUCUCUUGUUACUCGUUGAACAACUUGAAGCGUCUGAAGAUGAAGUAAGUUUUCGAAGUCUUCUCAAGCCCCUCGGUAUCUCUCUACUCCGUGCAGGACCUGAACGGUUGAUCGACUGGUGCGUCAGAAGUAUCAAACAUUAUGUUCAGAAUCUUCCUUUUCCGGAGAAUGAAAAACCUCUUGAUAAUGGUGGAGAGAAUCAGAAAGAAAAAGAUCCUACAGUUACAAGACUUUCUCUCGAUUAUGAUGCAAUAUUGUCAUUCCUCAAGCCAGUUAUCCAGCAAUCUUUGCUCUCUGGUACAAGCAAUAUAAAAACUAAAAAUCAUCUGCUCCACUUGCAUCUUUCACUUUUUGGUGCUCCAUAUUGUUAUCUGUCGGAGAAGCAGAAGAAAACAUGCGAUACAGAAUCCAACAUCUCCAUGUUCGAAACAGCUCUUUCACAAAUUUUAUUAUUGAUAGGAGAUUUCCUAAAAUAUCAUGCCAUAAUAGAUUUUCGAAGUCGUGGAAGACGGAAAAAGAUUACUCAAGACAAAGACGAAGAAGAAGGAAGUACAAUAACAAAGAUUCUUCGUGGUGAACACAACGUUUCUAAUUUAGCAUGGGCUAAUUAUUAUUACUACGUUUUUAAUACUCACUUUGGUGUAAAUAAUAUUCCUCACGUUUACAAUUACCUGUAUCUCAUGCCAGGUAUCUUCUAUCUUGCAAAUGUAUUUCUGAAUCAAGCACAAUAUAUCCUGGUGAGAAAAGGGUUGAAAACCACGGAAGCUAUUCUCUCUCGCAUCGAGGAGCAAUCAGUCGGUCACGAAGUACUCGAAAUCCCAGUUUAUCAUGAUCUUUUUGCUGGUCUCUCUAGAGUUAUGGUUUAUUGUGACUCGGACGAAGAUCGGAAAUUUGCUCUCAAAAUGUUUCAUCGUUACAUCAACAUUUUCAAUUAUCGUGCGCGUUAUCUCGUUAUAUUGGAUCUAUACGAAACAGCAAAUCAUUCGGGGAUUUUCUCGUUGCUCACGAGCAUCACAAAACAAUCGAUAAUUCAUUGUCUGGAGAUGAAGUGGGAUUACUUUUCCGCUGAUAAACUCGAACGUCUUAUGAAAAGGAUUUGUAAUUUGCCAAACGGGGCUGCGUCCGACCUCGUCGAAAUUUCUGACGAAAUCAUCGGUGCACUCAAUCUCGUCAGAUUUUUGGUACUCAGAGAUCGACACAACGAGACCGGCAUAUGGAAAAUCUUAGAAAAUCUGGAGAAAAAUUAUCUCGUGCCUCUUCGUGAGGGAAUCGAACUCGCUCGCGCCCACUGGUUGAUCAAAAUCAAGGAUCUUGAGGAACAGAAUAAAAGCACUUGUACAUCGAACAACGUUGAACCCCCUAAAUACGAUGUCAGUAUCCACGUUGGUGGACAAAUUUUACCGAAAAUGCCACUUACACAAAAAAUCACAUUUUGUGUUAGAAGCUUGUGGACUUCCAGGGCGCUGCUCGCGGUGCAAGGAAACAAGGAAAAUGGACUUGGCAAAGAUGAAAAACCCUUGGGUAACGAGAACGAUGAGGAUUACGAAAAGAGUAUUAAAAAAAAAAUACUCAGUGCCUCCUUGAAUUUUGUGAAUGAAUAUGGAUGGAGCCAGCAAGCAAUAAGUGCCGGCGCCGAAUCGGUGGGGUACCCAGGAAUAAUUCACGGCAUGUUUCCGAACGGUGGUGCCGAAUUGGUGCAACAUUUUUAUGCAAAUUGCAACGCUGAAUUGAAUAAGAUCCUCAAAGCAGAGGCUCUCGCUAUCGAGGCUGACCCUUCGACGAAGAAAAAAACUCCAGAGGCCCAAGUACGAGAUGCACUUGAAAAACGCUUGAGAAUGGUGAUUCCUUACAAAACUACGUGGCCACAAGCGCUUGGGCUGAUGGCUUUGCCACCUAACGUUCCAACGUCACUUGCUAAUCUUCUAACUCUUGUCGACGAUAUUUGUUAUUACGCAGGCGAUCGUUCCGUCGACUUUAAUUGGUAUACGAGAAGAGUCGUCCUCGCAGGUAUUUACAAAACGACGGAGCUCUAUCUACUGCAAGAUAGUAGUGAAGAUCACAUGAAAACGUGGGAGUUUAUGGAAAGGAGGAUCGAAGACGCAGUCCAAAUAAAUCGAGUGGUAUCGGUCACUUCGGAUUUGCCACCACCUGAUCAAGCACUCAGUCGUGCAACCGAAGCUGCAAGUGCAGCUUUCAUAACGGCACGGAAUAUACUGGGUUUAAACUGGAAUAGGUGAAGAAAAAUUUCGAUUAUCAAUGAAAUACCUAAGAAUAUCUUACACCUUAGUCACUAUUUAUGAACUUCAAAGAAAUAAUCAAAACCAAUUAGUAAAUCCUUGAGGUCAAGGGUAAUUGUAAUAAAAUAUUCAUUGUCGAGUCUACAA